UUAGUCACCUCAUUGACAGCUGAUAAUAUAAGAAGAAACAAAUUAGAAUGAAAGUAAAAACUAAAAGAAACAAUAGAAAAUUUUUAAUUUGAUGGAAAAAAGUGCUGAGAUAUUUGAAGGAAUACGUAAAUUAAUACGAUUGAUGAAAUGGGAAAAUAUACAAAUAAAUUAAAUAAAGAAAAUUACAAAACUCAUAUUUAUUGAACAAAACCAAACAACAAAUUGAGAAAACCCGGAAUACUAGAAAAAUUUACAAAUUAAUUAAUAUAAAAAACAAAAUUGAGUGUGUGUCAAAUUAAACCAUUUUUUCUUCUUUGACGGCCGAACGAACGAAAAAUGUAAAAAUAGAAAAAAUCUAAAGCAAAGUGUAAAAUAUUUUGUAUUGUAAUUUUGCAAAAGGAGUUUCAUCAAGUGAAGGAAUUCAAAGAAAACUAAUCUAUUGGAUGUGAAAAUAUUGUUUUUGUAAACGAAAAAAUUACGCAAAGAAUAGAAUUUCCACACCCACUUGCCAAAAAAAAAUUAUAUAUGAAAAAAUAACAAGAUUCCUUUGGUCAUGUGUGAAUAUAUUUUUCUUUUCUCCUCCAUCCAACCAACCAUCGACAUCCAAACAUCAUCAUAGAGGAGAGAUUGUGUGUAAAUAUACGUAUGAGUGUUAGUUUGUGAACAAAUGUGCGUGCGUGUAUGCGAAAAUGUGCAAUUUUUCCAAUUUAUUUAUUAUUUUUAACACGGAAUAAAUGUAUAAAUUGUCAAAGUGGGAAAAUUGAAAAUAUAAUUAAAUUAAGUAAUGGAUAAAUGUAAAACAAAACACAUCAAAAUACACAUAAAACAAUAACAACACAACCUCAAAGGAAAAGAAGCCAACUCCCUUUAAGAAAAAAUAAAAUAAAAAAACCGAAACGAAAGCCAUACAAACAAAAAAAACUAUAACGACCAACCAACAACAAUACAUUAGCCACUUCGAUCUACUACAUACAAACUAACAACAACAACAAAAACGCCAGAGUAGUUUCAAAAUAAUAACAAUAAUAAAUAAAUAUCUACAGAGAAGAAGACUUUAUCAAAAAUAAACUAACAGUGUAGGAACGAAAACAAUAACAACGUCCAUAAUAAUUAAUUAUUUAAAGUUGCCGUAAUGGCAACGCAACUUGAUCCCAAUGUCAAGGAUGACCUAAAGACACAAUUUGUAACGCGUGAGGGUACUUACCGAUUACUCACACUCUCCGAGUAUUCGCGGCCCAAUCGCGUUGGCUACACAAACAAUCAGAGCUCACCACAAGUACGUGUCUCCAUCGUUACUCUACCCACUCCACCGGCGACGGGUAACUCCUCCAACACAGGCGCAAAUAGCUCAUCGACGGCAAAUGGUGCUGGCAGUAGUCACAGUCGUCCUCUAACCAAUGGCAGUAAUUCGCAAAAUGGCACAAAUGGAGCUGGCGGCGAUGGUGGUGGCUACGAUGCACAAUCUUCAUCCUCUCUAAAUGGCCAACAAUCGCAAUAUGUGGUGCCCUCUUCGAUGGAUGCACGUUUGGGUGCUGGCAUGUCCAUGCAUACAAUGAUGAAUGGCUCCGGUGUUGGAGGUUUAGAUCAGAAUGGCUUGUCGGCGAGUCAAGUAUUGGGCGGCGAUCGUAUAUGUUUCAAUUUUGGAAGGGAAUUAUAUGUGUAUGCCUUUAGGGGAGUAAAAAAGGGUGCGGAAUUGAGUAAACCUAUUGAUAAGAAAUUCUAUAAAGGAACAAAUCCUAGUUGUCAUGAUUUCAAUGGCACUACGGCAACGCCCAUGGGAGCUCCUCUGCUGGUGGGUUUUACAACGGGUCAAAUACAGCUGGUUUCACCACAGCCAGGACCCCGGGAAUAUCGUAAACUAUACAAUGAAGAUCGUCUAAUUGAUAAAACCAAAGUGACCUGCUUAAAAUGGCUGCCAAAUUCACCGAAUCUCUUUUUGGCCUCACAUGCUUCGGGACACCUUUAUUUGUACAACGAGAAUCUACAAUGUCCACAAACUGCACCCAACUAUCAGCCCUUCAAAAUGGGCGACGGCUACUCAAUACUAACCUGCAAGUCGAAAUCGAGUCGAAAUCCUUUGUAUAAAUGGGUUUUCAAUACUGAAAAUUGUUGUAUAAACGAAUUUUGUUUCUCACCAUGCGGUUCAAAUUUAGCAAUAGUAUCACAGGAUGGUUUUUUACGAGUAUUUCAUUAUGAUACCAUGGAAUUGUUGGGUAUAGCGCGUUCCUAUUUCGGUGGGUUUCUAUGUGUGUGCUGGUCUCCUGAUGGCAAGUAUAUUGUGGUGGGCGGUGAAGAUGAUUUGGUAACAGUGUGGUCGUUUCAUGAGAGGCGAGUAGUGGCUCGCGGACAGGGCCAUAGAUCGUGGGUUUCAGUAGUUGCUUUUGAUCCUUAUACCACGUCGUAUACGUCGUGGGAUGGCGGUGAUUUUUCAGAUGAUGAAAAUCAAAUAAUGGAAUAUGGGUCAUCACGUUAUGCUGGCGAGGGACCAACAGCAAAUGGUUUUGAUUCAUAUGCAGUGGGAGGUCGUGAUAAAAACUCUACACCCAUACAUUCAAGACAGCGACCACAAUCGGCCUCGUUUAGAUCGGAUGCCUCAUCGUUGGCACCCGACAAAUUGGCCAUUAGCUAUCGCUUGGGCUCGGUAAGCCAGGAUACACAAAUUUGUUUGUGGGACAUAACCGAGGAUAUACUAAGGCAUCCCUUAACCCUCAGACAGCGGGUAAAUAGCUGUAACAUGAAUGAUACCAGUUUUAUGAAUGGUGGCAUCGAUUCAGAUGGUGUUAAAGUUAUACGACCCGUGGCUAUAGGCCAUCCCAAUGCUAAUAAUUUUCCCCAACACUGUAGUAGUCCAACCAAAGAAAUGACAACCGCAACCACAACACCACAAACGUCAGGAGAACAAAAUAGUAAUAGUAGUUCUAGUAAGUUUUCAACAGCCAAUUGUACAAUAUCCUCACAAUCAUCAAAUGCCAAUACACCGCCAGAUGAUAUCUUGGCAGCGACUGCAACAACAGCCAACAAAACAAACUCAAAAUCUCUUGGUAAUGCCGCCGGUGCUGGGGGUUCGAUAAAAUUUCCCAACUGCAUUACAGCCACCAAAUCCGAUUCCAUUGAAGGCAACACCACCGCCAAUCAUGUAAAUACAUUUUCAACUUCUUCGGGCUACAAUAGCAAAACAUCCAAUAGUAGCAAAUCCUCAGAUUCUGGUAUAUCGGCGUUUAAUUCGCUAACACAAAGGUUAAGCAAUUUUUCAUUCCUCAAUUCAUCGGAUAAGAAAUCUGUUAAUCUUGAGGGUGGCAGCACCCGGCAAAAUCGUCGUACUUUAAGCCUACUCAAAUCCUAUAAUCAUCACAAUUCCACUACGAACCACCAGCACAUGGCCAAUUCAACACAAAUCGAAACGCAUGCCAACUCUUCAACAUCAUCGCACAGUUUUGGCUCCUUAAAGUUGGGCAAAUCAUCGCAACAUCAAUCGUCUUUAAUAAAUAAUCUAUCGAAUUGUUCACCCUCAUCGACUACGAACUCCAUCAUAGCAUCGUAUGAUCCUCUGAAACUAAUUGGCACAUCGGCGUGUCCACGCUUCGAUGAGUGUCCACUGCUCGAGCCACUUGUGUGCAAGAAGAUCGCACAUGAACGUUUAAGUGCUUUAAUAUUCCGAGAGGACUGCUUUUUAACGGCAUGUCAAGAUGGUUUUAUAUACACAUGGGCUAGGCCGGGUUAUGCUACGAAUGUUCCCCAACAUUUAUCGCCAACACAAACGGCGCCACCUGGCGGUACGGUAAUAUAGUUCGAUAAAAUAAACAUACAACAAUAUCAUAAGAAUUUAGAAAAAUUUAAUAUUUAUGCUACUAACACAGCAACUACUACUACUCCAAAUUUUCCUCCCUCCUGUUCUUCAACAACUACUACAACACCUUUAACGCCAACAAAACUUUUUUUAACCACAGGUGAGAAAAGAGUGUAAAAUAGAAGAAGAAGUUAAAGAUAAAAAACUGUUUUUAUAAAAAACUUUUUUUUUAUACUAUAAAAUUUAUAAUUUUCUUAUUUUUGAUAUUUACAACAAAAGAAAGUAAGAAAAGAAAAUUAUAAUUAUAAAUCAUGUUAAAUAUUAAACAUAAAAUAAAAAUAUAUACAUAUUAUUAAUAAAUAAAAUAUUAAAUUAUAGUUGAACUCCAAACACCACAUACAACCAUGCCCCCCUCCUUUUAAUUUUUCUCCUCCUACUUAGUUUUGUUAAAUUUUUUAUUAAAAAUAGAAAUUAUUACACAUUUUUUUUAUAAAUAUUUAUACAUGUAUAUUUCACUUUAAUAAACACAAAUUUGUAAAAGUUAAUGCAUAUAAUGAUAAAUAGUGGUUUAAAUUAAAAAAUUUUCGAAAUUUCGUAUAUGUUUUUCUGUUUAGCCUGUUUGAUUUAUAAAUUUCGGAAAAAUUGGCACGAUUUUAUUAAUAUGUAGGUUCAAUUAAUUUCAAACAAUAUUCUCAUUUCAAAAUAGUCAUUGCAAUUAAAAUAUUCUAUAAUUUUGGCCAAUGUUAAGAUUCUAUUUAAAUGCAGUAUCGGUAUAUGUACAGACAAAUAUUUUACUGUCGAUAUUUUCUGUAAAUAUGAAUAUCCUUAUAUGUCUUAAUGUUAAGCAUCUUACUAAUUCAUUUAAGAACUUAUAAUUCCAAUUUAUAUUUAGUCGACCUACUUAAAUAAACAUUUAAUUGAUUCAGUCUAAAUGAUCAAAAUUUCCUUUUGUGACUGAAAAAUUUUAGUUGGGGUGACACAAUUUCGGUUUUUUAAAUCGUAAUUACUUUUUACUGUCUGGUCAAAGGUAAAGUUUGUAAUAUUCGAAAUGGUUUCUAUUUAUAUAAUAAAAUCUUGUUGAAAUUUCAAUAAAAUAAUUUGAAUAGAAAUAUUUUAAUUAAGCCUGGAAUGCACCGGAAUAAAAAUUACACCAACAAAUUUGGUAAAAAAAUAUUUUAGGCAAAUAUUUCAAUCAGAUUUUUCUACGUUUAUCAUGAAUAGUGAUUGUGAAAUAAAUUUUUAUGUUUAGAAAAACGAUUGUGUAUAAGCUGAUACACCAUUAUAUUUUUAUUGCAUAAUAAGAAUCUAUACAACUGAUUCUACUACACUUCCACAAAGUGGGUCAAAAGAUCAAUUGAAAUAUUACUUUUGUUCUAUAUACUAGGUUUAUGAAAACAUAUUGCAAACUUUUAUACAGUGCCCCAAUUUUAAAGACAUUAUAUACGAGCUGAACCAUCUUGUACCUUUAUUUUUUUAUGGUAAUUUUUUAUAUUUAUGAGUUCAAUAAUGUGUACAUUUGAGUGCCGACCACUGGUCUAAAAUAAUUUCAAUUCUGUAAGAUUUUUUCUACAGGUUGCAAAGGCAUUUUUGUAUGAGAAUUGUAAGGAAAAAAGUAUAAACAGUUUUAUUUCUCCUAUCGGAGUGGUCACACUAAAAUGAUUCUCUUUUAAAAAAUUGAAUUCAAAAUUAUUAAAUAGAAAACACAACUAAAAAUUAAUAUAUUUUGGAAAAUACCAAAGAUAAAAAAUAUAAAAAAAAAAUUCUUUAAAUAAAAAAUUCCCCAAUCAUUUACUAAUAAUAUCUGUUAAUAUUUUUUUAAAAAAAUAUGUGUUAUAUAAUAAAAAAUUAAAUCAAUAUGUAUGUAUAUCUUUACUUCCUAAAUAAUUUUGCCUUAUAGUUAAUUUAUCGUUUAACAAUUAAGUAAAAAGCCUAAAAAAUAACUAAAAUCAUAAAAUAAGAAUUAUUAACAAGAUAUUAAGCAAAAAUAAAAAAAGUUCCAAAAAAAAUAUUGCCCAUAGUAAAGUAAAUAAACCAAGUAUGUGUAAUAAUAAAACCAUUUUUUAAAACUUUUAAAUAAAACUUGUUAAUAAAUGCAUUAAAGAAAAAGAAAAGCAAUACUCUUGGGAAAAAAACAAAUCAUUAUGAAAACUUAAAAGAAUAAACAUAAUUUUUAAGUGAAGUCUUAAGUUUGAAAUAAAAUUAAACCACGUUUGGCUUAAACUAUAAAAAAAUAUUUAUAAAUUAUAAGUAGAAUUUAGUAACUAGUUUUGUAAUUGUUUUGUGGUAGUGAAGUUAGUUUAUUUUUUUGUUUAAUUUUUAUUUUUUUGUAAUAUUAAUUAAAGUUUCCUUCACACCCUCUCGCCGUAAUUAUGUAUGUGUAUAAAGUUAUUUGAAGCAAGAAACAUAUUUAAGAAUCUAUUAUCUAUUAAUUAAUGCUUUUAUUAUUAUUUAUUAAUUACUAAGUUAUAUAAUUGAAAUUUAAAACAAUACAACAUGAAAGAAAUUAAUCCAUUAAACACACACAGAAUUCUAUUCUAUUCAAAUAGAAACAGAAAUGAAUGAAACUCGUAUUUAAGAACUAUAAACAUAUUUAACAAAUAAUUUUAUUAAAAAAAUAUUAAGUAAUUUUUUUAAAAAAUUACUUAUUUACAUUUAAUGUAAAAUAAAUGUUUUACUAUUAAAUAGAAAUAAAACAACAGCAUUAAAUAAAACAAAAUCAUAAUUAUAAUUAAUAAAGAAAAAAUAAGAACAACAACAAUUGGUUGAUUUAUCAUAAAUGUAAUUCAUAGAAAUCUCUCUCUAUCUAUCUCUUUAACUAUUUAUCUAUAACUUUCUCUCUUUAAAAUAAAAACAAAAUAAAUAUUAACAUAUAUACAUAAAAUAUAAAACAAAUAUUAAAAUAAUAUGUUGAUCAUCUAUUUGAAACUAAAGUACAUACAUAUAUUUUAUAAUAAAAAUCGCGAACGAGAAAAGUAAAAUUGAAAAACAAAAUAAAACGGUGUUAAAAACGAUUCAAUAAACAGGCAUCUAGUUUUAACAAAAUAAAAUUUAUAAAUAUUAUUAAAAUAAAAUAUUAAAAUUAUAUACAAACAACAACUCUGUGUAAAUAAAAAAAAUACCAAUAGUAAAUACAAAAUUAACACAGGAAUAAAUUUGCAAAAUACAUAUAAAAGAAAAAUAGCAACAACAAAAAACAACAGAAGAGACUAAAGAAAAAUUAAAUUUAAAUAAAAAUUAUUAAAAAAAAUAAAUAAAAUAGAACAAAA